UGUCAAUGUUGUUAGGCUUACCAAAUGGAGUCUAAUGGAGUCGAUUUAAUGAAAAUUCUGUAAAAAAUCAAUCGAAAGCAUGAGAAAUUCUUUUGAAAUGACCUGAUUAUGUGCUUACCGUUUGUGCAAGUCUUGGAAAGCUAUGUAGCAGUGCACCGGGAUUAAUCCUGCCUGCACAAACUAAGUGCAAUGUCACAUAGAGCAAAGAGGCCUAAUCGUUCUGAAGAUGGCUCAGUACCUGCUAAAAGGCGUAAACGUACGACGGCGGAAGAAGAAGAAACGGCCACCUUGGCCAAUAUCGCUUCAACAACCUCUAGCAUCGGAUCUGGAAAUACCGGAGGAGUAUCCGGUGGAGCCGGAGCCGUCUGGCAACCUCCACGUUCCAACGAUCUAAAAAGUAUUUAUAAUCGCACCACAACCGAAGCGCCCGCUGAGCUAUUCCGCAAAGAUCUUAUUUCGGCUAUGAAACUGCCCGAUUCGGAACCAUUGGCCAACGAUGAAUAUUGGGUUAUCGUCGAUCAAUGGAAACAGGAAUGGGAAAGGGGCGUGCAGGUUCCGGUCAAUCCGGAUUCGUUACCCGAACCGUUGGUCACCGUCAAAUCGAGCUCGACGAGGUUCAAGCUUCAAACCGAUUUCAAAUUACCUAAAAAAUACAUUCGGAUCACGAAAGACGAUAAUUUCAAGCCGGACGAUCACGUACUAUCCCACGCUCCGACAAAAUCCGAAGCGGCCUGUUCGUAUGAUCUCGACGAGUGCGACGUUGCCUGGUUGAAAAUAUUCAACGCCGAACGGGCCGCCAGCGGCCUGGGGCCCUUCUCCGAGGAACAAUUGGAGCGAGUCAUCGAGCGAUUAGAGUUAUGUUGUUGGGAUAAAAUCCAAUCUAUACUCAGAAACGAAGAGGGUUUAGGUAUAGAAUACGACGAGAACGUCAUUUGCGACGUUUGUCGAUCGCCCGACUCCGAAGAAGGCAACGAAAUGGUGUUUUGUGAUAGUUGCAAUAUAUGCGUACAUCAGGCUUGUUACGGCAUAACUCGAAUACCCGAAGGGCAAUGGUUGUGUUGCACGUGCAACAUCGGCAAGAGGCCGGAAUGCGUGCUGUGUCCCAACAAAGGCGGCGCCAUGAAAUGCCUUCGAACGGGACAAAAGUGGGCCCACGUUUCUUGUGCUCUGUGGAUACCCGAAGUUAGCAUCGGAUGCGUGGAAAAGAUGGAACCGAUCACGAAGGUGUCGAGCAUACCGCAGAGCCGGUGGGCCUUGAUCUGCGUGUUGUGCAGAGAGCGCGUCGGGGCGUGCAUACAGUGCUCGGUAAAGACUUGCAAAACCGCGUAUCACGUGACGUGCGCCUUCAAGCACGGCUUGGAAAUGCGGGCGAUCAUCGAAGACGAGAACGCCGACGACGGCGUAAAAUUGCGCUCAUACUGCGAAAAACACAGCAAAUCGAGCAAAAAGGAGAAGAGCGUCUGUUCGGGUUCCGAAGACGACGACGUGAAGCGAAAGAAACGCAAAGAUAUGACUUCGGAAGAGAAGAACCAAGCGAGGGCGGUGCGAUUGCAGGAGAUCGAAGCGGAAUUUUUCAAGCACGUCGCUGUCAAAGACGUUUCGAUACAUUUUAAUAUCGAAAACGAUUCGUUGCAAUACAUUUACAAUUACUGGAAAUUGAAGCGGAAAGCGGGUUACAACAAGCCGCUGUUGCCGCCGAAAUCCGAAGACGUCGACGUGCUGUCGCACAAGCGAGAACAGGCCGAUUUGGAAAAAAUGAAAAUGUUUGUGCAACUACGACAGGACUUGGAGAGGGUCAGGAAUCUGUGUUACAUGGUCAGCAGACGAGAAAAGCUCUCUAGGACGUUCUUUCGCAUGAGAGAACAGACUUUCCACAAGCAAGCGGCCGUAUUGAACUCCACCGGCUCGCUGCCCACCUCAGUUAUCGAAGCCGUAAUAGAGGCCAAUCACGGCCCGUCGAUAUACGAUCGGUUGUAUUCGCACAACGACGCUGAGGAUCACACCGACGAUUUCGAAACGUUGCUCGCCCGAAUAGCUGGUAAAUCGCCGGCGCAUUCGGGCGACGAAAUCAACGGGCUCUUCAAGGACGUCAAGAACAACCCGUACAAGAAGAUGUACAACGGGAACUAUUCGAAACGCAGAAGCGCCAGUUUGUACGGUAGCAGCAUGUCGGAAGCGAGCAGUAGCGACGAGAGGCCUAAAGACGACAAAGAAAAUAGGCUGCAUACGGAUACCGAUGAUGAUAAUGUUUCUCCUAAAAAGAAAACCACCAAUAAACUGAACAAUGUGAGCAAAAUAGCGGAGAGGCGGCGGAAGAAGAACUUCGAGAAAUAUUCCAAACUGAACGACAGCAGCAGCGAGGACGAUAUCAAAUCGAAUGCGAAGAAGGAUUCGAGCAGCCGAUCGCGAUUGAGCCAGAUGGCGAGAGAAUUGGGCGAUUCGUGCAGCGAUAGCGACGAGCUGAUGCCGAUCAGAUCCUCGCACAAGGACGAAGACAAUCAGAAAAUCGCGAAGUCCAUGUCGUCGAUUUAUUCGGACACCGAUAGCUCCGACGAAUCGGCCAGAAACGACAAUUCGACGAACGAUUCGCAGAGCAAAUUGCGCACCAAAGCGGCCGUGAAGGAGUUCUCGCAUAAACCGUCGAAGGGCGGCAAAGAGGACGGUAAAAAGAAGCACGACAAAGACGCUAAGAAGAAGGAUUCUUGCGUACCUUCUGAUCUCAUUGUACCUCAACGACAAGCAGCUAAAAAGGCCACUGAAAAUUUGAAAACCACGACGGUUUCUCGAACGAAGGAGGCCGAAGAGCCGCCCGUCAAGCCCCCCGAAGAAAAGAACAAACAAAAAUUAGGUAAAGUAGGAAGACCAGCUAAAGAUAAAGAUAAAGAUAAAGACAAAGAGAAAGAAGCAAUAAAGGAAGAGGUGCCGGCGAAAGAAAAAGAAGUAGUAAAAGAUAAGAAGAAAGACUCGAAGCAAUCGAUAGAAGUUUUCGAUUUCGAUCGAGACGAGAAAACCGAACUGCAAGAAUUAUUGUACGUCCCGCAAAGACAAGCGGCCAAAAAAGCGGCCGAGCACAUAAAAAGCGGCCUGGGCAAACCGGCCGUUCAGCCAGCCGAUGCUCAAUCGCACGAACUCCUCGAGAAGGAUAACAAGUUGGCGAAGAAGGAGGUAGAAAAUAAAAAGUGUCACAAAAAGGAGUCUAGCGAGCCGUCGAAACCAGCCAAAUUACCGGAACAGAAACGCAAGUCUUCCACGAAUUCCAGCAGCAAUUCGUCUUCCUCGUCGAGCAGCUCGUCGGAUUCGUCGAGCAGCUCGAGCUCGGACAGCGAGGACCAACAACAAGGGCAAAAGUUGCCAGCACCGCGAUCGGAGAGUUCGCCCCGCGAGGUGUCCAAGCGGUCUUCCGCCGGCGACUGGCCCUUUCUUGACAAGGGACCCAGGCCAGCGGCGACCUCUGGUUCCUCAAGUUCCAGCGAUUCUAGUCCCUCUUCUUCCUCAUCGAAGAAAUCCCAUUCCUCGUCCCGAGACUCUCCAUCGCGAGCCGCCGCCAUCGAACCACCAGCACCGGGCAAGAGGAAACUCGCGUCGACUCCUAAGAGAGAGGAACAACCGGCCCGACGAGGAAGAGGCCGCGGCCGUCCGAGAACAUCCCACUCUGGUGAUCGGAUCGGAGAUGCUGAUGUCGGGCAUCGAGAUAUGUCUGAUGGCCAACGUGUCCGUGUGGAAGGAGAACCGGCCAAGCGAAAGGGAAAAUCUAACGUCGAAGACGUUCACAGAAACCAGAAAAAGACGGAGCAGCUCAAACUACCAGCUGCGGUCAGGGAAGCGAAUAAAAAGCUAGAAGACAAUUGGUCACUCAGUAACUUCCAGAAAGAGCAUUUAGAUAAACCGGUUAAUAAAGAACCGACUAAUUCGAAUAGGAGUAAAGCGUCGAUGUUCGAACGGCUGUUCGGUACGCCCGACAAAGAAAAAGACAAGGCGCUCAAAUCGGAUAACUCGGAUAAAAUCAAAAAGGAUCUCACGAAAGCGUUCGACAAUCAUUCUAAAACCGACAGGCCGAUCAUCGCUCCCGAGAAAUUAACCAUACCGGAUAAAAACAACAAAAUCGUGCGCGAAUCGCCGCAAAGGAGCUCGUCGACGGACAAGCCGAAGGUCGAGUUGCCGGACAAAUCGAGCAAAUCGGCGAAGGAUUCGCUAAUCAAAUCGCCCAAUAAGGAAUUCAAAGAGCAAAUCGAGAGGAAAAUCGACGAUAAGAAGCAAACGAACCGAAAACCGGCGGGGAAAAAUCAUCGGACCAUCGACGACAUCUUCGCCAAUCGAUUGCUAUCCAGCGAAACUAAAGAAAACGACGUUAAAAAACCGGCGAUUCCCAAACAAACUAAAGCUUCGGACGAAAUAACCUUAGCCGAUAAAAUAGUAGACGAUCACCUGCAAACGCACAAAGCCAAAGAUCUGUUUAUACGACAAACCGAUCUGCAAGAAACCUUCCACGUGGCACCGGACAUUCCGAAAUCGCUUCUAAACGAGUUCGAAGUCGACAAGAAAAACUCCUUAAAACCCAUCGGUUUGAGCAAUCAAGUGUUACACAAUCGAUCCGCCAUGCAAUUCUCGCCUCGCGACCAAGUGAAAGACUCGGAUUUUUUGGAUUUGGUAAAUUUCGACGACAAAUACGACGAUUUACUGAAACCCUUAUUCAACACCUGCAGCAACGCCAACAACAUAUCGAGAGAAGACACUAAAGAAGACGCCAGAGAAACGUUGAAUCUAGUCGAGAAACUUAAAAUGCGUUUGUCGAAAAAAUCCGGCACCGACGAACCCACCACCAGCGGCGAAUCCGACAUUUUACUACCCGAUUUACCUAAAAACACGCCCGAAAUUAAAAUGAAUUCCGACGUUCACAAAAUCGCUCCGCAGCAAGAUUAUUACCCCAACAACCAGCCGAAUUUGUCGUUCGUCGCCAACAACGCUCCUUCGGAGGGCGCCAAAGACAUCCCCCUGCAAUCGGAGAGCCACAACAACCACACGGCGCCCGUGCAAGGAGACGAGCGUUGGGUGCCGCCCAGCGACGCCUACGAUCCCACGAAAACCUACCACAACCCGCCAGCGGAUCCGCCAUUCAUCGACCAAUACCCCAUCAACAACUCGUCCGCCGACAAUUCGAGUCAGUUCUCCAAAGCGGACGAGCACCAUCCGACGAAGAAGCUCGCGAACUCGCUGCCCGCGCAGUUGGAGGCCCGGCUGCAGGAGGAAGCGCUCAAAUCCCAAUCGCCUCUGUUGCCCGAUCGCAUCGAUCGCAAGAUAUCCCAGACGCCGCUGAUCGAUCCCUCUUCCAUGGAUUGCAUGAACAGUCCCAUGCCCUACGGGCACAUCCAUCCGCAGGCCAAAUGGGCCGACUGCGAACUUAUGCCCAAUAGACGGUCCUCAUCGAGUUCGGGAUCGUCUACCAGCUCGGAAUCCCGGAGAGAGGAAGAGGACGGUACUCAACGAGUACCGCCCGACGUGCGAUUGGUGAACCACGCCGCCCUCGACAUGGCCUCCUACAUUGCAUCGCAAGCGCCUCCGCCGCCGCCGCUCUAUCCGCCCAAUCCGAUGGACUUCAACGCCUACGCGACGCCGGACGGUUCCUGUUAUCCCGUCAGUUUGUUCCCACCGCCCGUUAUCAAUGCUCAACUUCCGUUUCCGCCUACAGGCUAUCCGUCCUCUUUCGGCGCCCCCUUUCCCGCCGCUCCCACCACCCAUUCCGUACCGCCCGCGGCGAAAUCGAUCGAUGAUCCGAUGGGCAAUGCCCCUCUGUCGAUUUGCACCGCCGCUUUCACCACCUCCCAGCAAAAUAUGGCGUUCACCGCCGCCAUGGUCAAUUUGCCCGCUCCCCUUCCGCCCAAACCCAUUGAACCACAAUUGGAACAACAAUUGGACGAACGCAUCUUACAGCAACCCAUUGGAGAACAACAACAACAACAACAACAACAACAACCUCCCGCUGAAAUAACAACACUCUCAGACGAGGUGGUACCGUCUCCGGUGUUGAGCAAUAGCACUCCGACGGCCAAUAGCGCCCUGCCGUCGCCCAGUACGUCGCUGAAAUCGAACAGUUCGGCGGGCAAGAAGUCGCCGAGCAAACCUACGAGGACCUCGGCGAGGGUCAGUUCGCAAUUGACGAACAAAUCUCCAGCCAAAUCGCCGGGUAAGAGCCCUCGGCAGGAGGUGGCCGUGAAGCACGGCGGUCCGGGCAGGGGCCGCGGCGAGAGCAAAAGGGGAUCCGGAAAGUCCGGCGGUAACAGAGGAUCGGGAACGGUGCGAGGGAGAGGCCGGGGACGAGGCAGAGGACGGGGUAAUCAUCACAACGAUUUCGAUUUCAUGGGCGCCGGUACUAUACACAAUAAAUUGGUAGGGACGGUGUACGAUUUCGAUUUCGAAGAUGACAUUUCGAUGGACAACAUGACCGAUUUGAAAUCGAUGCGAGAAAGGCGGAAGUCUGUGGACGUGCACGAAAGGAAGUUCGAAUCGUAUGCGUCGACGAGAGACUCGCCGCGUUCGCCUAAAUUCUCCAGCCCGUCGCAGAAAAGUCGCAGUUUCAACGCGGAUCUGCGCGAUUUGCGACCGCCCAGUCCCAUCGAAGACUCCAACGCCUCUCGGACGACCGCGAACAGCGACAGAACCCAACAGACCUUCCCCGACGUGACACCACCGUUGCCCGGACCCGUCGACAUGCGAACGUACAAUUCCAAUUUCGAUCAGCAGACGUACAACGAACAGAACCUUCUCAGCGCUUUCGCCAGCGGCACCGCCGAAACGCAGGCGAAAAUCGACGAGGACUUCGAGAAGGAAUUGCACUCGGCGUUGACGGCGAAGAAACCCGCCGAGGCGCCGCCUCCUGCGGAAUCGGCCGGCGGCAACAUCAAAGUCUCGCUGUCGGAUUCCCGCAAUCAGCUCAAGGUGAAAAUCAAGGGCCCCAUCGCCAAUUACACGUCGACGGUGGCGCCGCUGCCGCCGUUGCCGGCGCCCGCCUUGGAAGUGCCGGUCACCGCGAAUUCUGUAGCGAACAACGCGAUGCUGAACAGCGUGCCAGGCGGCGUGAACGCCUCCGCGGGAGGCGGCGGCGGCGGCCCGUCCAGUUUGAGGCGGAUGCGGAAGAAGGAGCUGCUGCGACAGUAUUGGACGCAGGACAUGAACAUGGACGAUCCGGCUAGUAAUACAGGUUUCAUACCGCCCACGGCGCCGCCCAUUAGUCGAACCAUCAUCACCAUACCGAAAGCCGUCGCCUCGAUGACAUCGAUACCGACGAAGGAAGACUAUCGGGACUACCGCACCGAUUCGGACGAUCUCAUCGACGCCAAGCACCAUCGCAAGGACGCCAAAUCGCGGCCGUCGGCGCGCGAACUGCGCCACCUCGAUCUGCCGCCCAACGAGAACGACGGCUACGCGGAGAGGCGGCGCAGCACCGGCGCCGCCGCCAUCGAUGCGCUGUCGUCGUCGACGAAGCGCCGCGGCAGGCCGGUGAGGCCGGCGCCCGUCGCGGCGCCGCCGCCGCCGCCGCUCGUCACGCCGAAGCUGAAGAUCAAAAUCGGCAAUAGCAUGAACAGCAUCGUGGGGGCGGCGGUGCAGCACGUCGAUAACAGCGUCGAUAAGAGGGAUCGCGUCAGGCCGCCCAAGAAACGGCUGGCCGCCACGCAGAAUAAACCUUCGGUGGAGGAAAUGAAGCGAAUCAGCAUGAAGUUCCGCAAGCAGAUGCUCAAAGACCUGAAGAUCAAGCACAAGAAGCGCGACAAGAGCGAAAAGAAGAAAAAGAAGAAACCGAAAACGGACGUGCAGAUAAUCACGAAGACGGGCGAGAAUCCGACGAAGCUGAUCAUCCGGUUCGGCAACAGGAACGAUAAUAGAAAAUGUGACGGUGACGGUGAUAGUGAGAAACGGACGAGCGGCGGCGAAUCGGAUAAAGAUAAACUCGUCGCCGUCGAGGCGGCGGCGGCGGCGGCGAGUAAAGAUGUCGUCGAAACGAAUUCGAAGGAUUCGUUAGGGGAUAGCGAAGCGCCGCCGUUGAAACUGACCCCGAUCAAAUUGAAACUGUCUCGGUGCCAGGAGGGUUCCGGGUACGUGAUGAAACCGCCCCCCGUGCGAAACGCGCCCGCCGACCAGAAGGAGGAGCGCCUGCAGCCCGGCCAGCCGCCGCCUCCUCCUCCUCCGCCGCCGGCGCCCGCGAUCGAUAGGACGGUACAGGCCGCGCCGGGGCCGGCCGAGCUCCCCGGCGAGGGGGCGGAGCGGCCGCCGCCGGCGUUGCCCAAAGACUGCGAGGUUAGAUGAUAAUCGUGUAAAUUAAUUUAUGUCGAAAUUGUGUAAUAUAUUGUAAUAUUGAUUGGAUACGUAGAGGUGACCAGUGAGGCAAUUUUUUUUUUUUUAGUGUAAUGAUAAGAGGUUUUGUACAGUAGAAUGAUAUAUAUAUUCACCUGUUUAAAUCCACAUUGUUGAGCCGAUUUUAGCGAAUGUGUGUAUGGUAAGAAACGCAUACGAUGGGGGCCCCGUUUUGGAGUUCUAGAGCUCGUUUUAGUGUUUGAUUUGUCGAUUCGGAAACUAAGGAAAGAGUCAGGAAAAACCGAAAUGGUUGUGAUAGAUUUAUUUAUUGAGAGAGAUAGAGAAGUAUCCCGUGUUUGAAUAUUUAUUGAUUAAUAAAAGAAAUUUUGGUGCCGGCGCCCAAAUUUUUGUUUGUUAUAAUCAAAGUUGAUAUUUUUUUCUUCGCGGAUAUAUUUGUUAUUUAUUUUUUUUACGUUAUUUCUGUAUGUCUGUAUGUAGUUAUAGUAGAGACGACCAUUUCCUAAUGACUGUUUCUUUCGCAAUCACCCACCCCUCAAAUACUCUCGGACAAGUUUAAACAUUAAAAUCGAGGAUUCCGUUCGCGAAUUCGGGAACACCCUGUAUGUGAUAUUUCAGUGUACAAAGUCAAUUAUGGCCACAGACCUGUAAUCAUAUUUUUGUACAUAUUGUAAGUUAUGGUAAUAUUAUUAUUAUUAUUAUUGUGAAUAUACAAACACACUAUUGUACUAAUUUAUAUAAAUUUCAUUUAAAAUGAUAAAUAAGUCAUGUUGACGAGUUUUUUAAUAGGUAGAAAGUCGUUAUUAGCAAAAAUUAAUUGAUUAAAUGUAUGGCUCGCCAAAAAUGCUGGAAGUAGAAUCUGGUGAAUUUGCGAAAUUUUAAUUCAUUUAUUCAUUAAAGGGAUAUAAAUCGAACGCACCUGUUGAUAUUGUUCACUAAAUUACACACGUGUUAUUAACAGAAAAUUAAUCAACUCGAAUAAACCCGAUUUUUUCCGAUUUUUGGCUGUGCUUUAUAAAUCAAAUCAUAAAAUAUAUAUAGAUAUUGUACAGGGCAAAUGGCUUGCGUGCAAUUUUAUUAGAUAUGUGAAAGCCAUUAAUUUUAAUUUUUAUUGCAAAAUUCAGCUUCAUUUUUAUUGAAAGUUUUUUUAGACAGCGAAAUUGUAGUAUCAAUACAAAAAAAAUGUUUUAAUUUCAUCAAAGUUAUUCCACAAUUUAACACGAAAAACGAGCUGUAAAUUUAUACAAUUGGAUUGAAUUUUGUACUGAUAUUACAUUUGAUUCUCUGCAUUUUAAUAUUCUUAAAUACUUUUAAACAUACAAAUAUUUAAAAAUCCGCUUCCUACUUUUU